AUGCCAAAGUGUCCCAGCUGUGACAAGGAGGUGUACUUUGCCGAGCGUGUCACUUCCCUCGGAAAGGACUGGCACCGCCCCUGCCUCAAGUGCGCACGAUGCAACAAGACUCUCUCUCCGGGCCAGCACGCUGAGCACGAUGGGAAACCUUACUGCAACAGACCAUGCUACCAGGCGCUCUUCGGACCAUCAGGUAGUGGUCACGGAUGCGUUAGCCUAGGGUUUGUAAGUUCACCUAAGUAA